AUGAACAACAUCCAAAGACUCAAGAAAGACUACCCAUGGAUUCAGACACCACUUGUCGUCGGCGCGCCUAUGCGCCUCAUCGCCCUAGCAGACAUGGCUGUUGAGAUAUCAAAAGCAGGAGGCAUAGGCUUCAUUGGCGCCGGUACCGACGUCUCCGACCUACGUUCCCAUCUCCAAAACGCAGUGCAAUUACUCUCCUCCCACCCUUUGCCCACCCAAAACAACACGCUCCCCCUCGGCAUCGGCUUCAUCAACUGGGGCGCAGACCUCCCUACCGCCAUCCCGCUCAUCGCCUCCUUCAAGCCUGCAGCAGUGUGGUUCUUUGCGCCCUCGUCCCUGCCCAGCCUCGCGGACUGGUGCGCGCAAACGCGCGCCGCCAGCCCAGACACCAAGAUAUGGAUUCAAAUCGGGAGCGUGCGCGAGGCGAGGGGCGUGGUGGAUGCAGUCAAGCCGGGAUGUGCUGGUAGUUCAGGGGACGGAAUGCAGGUGGCCAUGGGUUGGAGGCGGGGCGCGGGGUUAGUCGCGCUUUUACCUGAGGUUGUGGAUGUGUUGGGGAGUAGCAAUGAAGCGCCCGGUGAUUAUUGCUGCGGGUGGGAUAUCGACGGCCACGGGGGCGCUGGCUUCGCUCGUGCUCGGCGCCUCGGGCGUGUGCAUGGGAACGCGCUUUCUUGCGAGUCCCGAGGCGAAUAUCUCAGAUGGGUAUAG